AUGUACGAUCAGAAUAACGACGUAGACAGGCAGAUCUUCCCGCAAAACCAGGAAGAGCAGAGCCCGUUACAACCCGAGCCUCAGACUCAACAACAACCAAAUACCGAUGCAGUUCUUAGCGCGGACGUCACUCCAGGAGACGACAACGGAUCCGGCGGCGACCCGCGAGUCAGGGAGGCGGAAACCGAGCAGCAGAAGAAGCAGCAGCAUGAAGCUAAUAGCGAUAACGAAGAGGAGGAUGACGGGGAUGAGACGGGCGACGAUUUCGAGCUGCACGACGGGCCGAACGAAGCGGGCGGCGGCGGCGGGUGGGGGGCCCUGAUGGAAGGCUCUCUGCGCGUGCUGCUCGUCGAAGACGACGACUCCACGCGCCACGUCGUCUCGGCACUUCUCCGAAACUGCUCCUACGAAGUCACACCCGCGUCGAGCGGGCAGCACGCGUGGGAGAUUCUAUCGAGCGGCAGCGGCGGGCGGUUCGACCUGGUGCUGACGGACGUGGUGAUGCCGGGGCUGUCGGGCAUCGCGCUGCUCGCGCGCAUCAUGGGCAAGGAGGAGCUGCGCGGUAUCCCCGUUAUAAUGAUGUCGUCACACGACAGCAUGGAGAUGGUGUUGAAAUGUUUUCAGAGGGGUGCGGCGGACUUCCUCGUCAAGCCCGUGCGCAAGAACGAGCUCAAGAACCUCUGGCAGCACGUCUGGCGCCGAUGCCACUCCGUACGCCCCCUCGCCCUCUCGUCCACUCGCCCUGCCCCCUCGCCCUCUCUCGCCCCUUAUCUCUGCAUUUCCUCUCACCUUGCACACCUGCCGGCACGCCGGCUCCCAUUCCUCAUCGCGUCUUCUCUCUCUUCCCUCUCCCUCCUCCUCUUUCUUCCCUCCCAUCCAUGUCCUCUCUUUCUUCCCUCCCUUUCCUGCCCUCUCUCUUCCCUCCCUUUCCUGCCCUCUCUAUUCCCUCUCCGCCCGUUCUGCCCUCUCUCUCGCCCUGCUUCCCAGUCGAGUGGCAGUGGCAGCGGCAGCGGCAGCGGCACCAACGGCAAGGUGCUCAUGGGACUCGCCAAUCAGCGCGCGCCCAACGCCGCCUACGCCGCGGGGGACGCCGCCACUGCCGCCGCCGCCGCCGCUGCUGCUGACGGCGGUGGUGGGGUUGAGCGCGCUGGGGGCGGAGGGGAAGGGGAGGGGGAGGGGGAGGGGGAGGGGGAAGGGGAAGGAGAUGACGUGUAUAUGGAGAGGGAUGGCGAUGGGAACGUGGAUGCGAAUGGAGGUAGCGACAACGGCAGCGGCACUCAAGUAGCCACCCAGGUGGAUAACCAGCACGCGCAAGCCGCCAAGGCGCAGCAGGCGCGGGCGGAGAAGGGGGGGGAGGAGGUGGAGACGAGACGACAAAACCCUGGUGCCGCGAGGGAUGAUGGGGCAGGAGGGUUGAGAAAGGACCGUUUGCCGCCGCAGCAGCAGGGUAAGGGGGGCAGGGGGGGCUGGGGGUGGAGCGGGGGCAGGGGGGGCGGGGAGGAACGCGCAGUGGCGGCGGAGGCAGUGCGCGCAGCCGAGGCGGUGGUGGAAAGUGCGCAGGCGUCCGGGGAAGGUUCGACUAAGAAAGAGGAGUGUGAGGGGCCGCCGCGGGCGGAAGGGGAUGGGGACGCGGGGGACGAGGCGGAGCAAGUGGCGGAGGUAGAGGCGGAGGCGGAGCGGAAAGAGCAGGAGGAGCAGGAGCAGGAGGAGGUGGUGGUGGCGGACAGAGAGGGGAAGAAGGUGAGGUGGAACUUCGGCACAGAGGAGGAAGGUGCAGAGGAAGGUGCAGAGGAAGGUGCAGAGGAAGGUGCAGAGGAAGGAGCUGAAGAAGGUUCUUCUCCUGCUAAGAAUGUAGGAGGCGUGCAAGCGGAGAGACCUCCUGAAAAGAACGUGACUGUAAAGGGCGGAGACGCUCAGAAGGACCUUGACACGAGGGAAAGUGGUGAGGGGAUGGUGGUGGGAGGGGGGCAUGAGGACGGGGCUGCGGAGCAGCGGGCGGAAGGAGAGAGGAAGAGAGGCCGAGAUGAGCGGGUAGAAGUUGGGGGAGAAGGAGCAGAAGGAGCAGCAGUAGCAGCAGGAGCAGCAGUAGCAGCAGGAGCAGCAGUAGCAGCAGUAGCAGCAGUAGCAGCAGUAGCAGCAGGAGCAGCAGGAGCAGCAGUAGCAGACAAAUCCGAGGGGGUCAAGAGGGAAGCAGAAGCAUUGGGGGGAGGAAGGGAGGAGAAAGAGAGGAGAGUGAGGAGGCGAGUGGAAGCAGACGAGGGUGGGGAAGGAGGGAGGCGAGAUUCGGAGAGGGCGGCAUGGGACAAUGCAGCAAUGCAAGUGGAGGAGACGGAGGAGGAGAGGGAGAGGGAGAGGGAGCAGGAGAGUUCGGGUGGUACGGGAGGUUCGGGUGGAGGCUCGGGAGGGAAGAUGGACGGCAGCAGCGGGCUGACGAGCGUGCGUGAUGGCGGUGGGAACAGUGGUAGCGGAGGGAGUGGGGAGAAGGGUAGUGCAAAUGCGGAGGGGGGGAGGAGAGGAGGGAAUGAAGGGGAGAGCGGCAUGGCAGUGUCACAGAGAAUACCAGAACGAGGGGAUGCUGCUGUUGCAGGAGCAGCAGAAGCAGACGCAACACCAACUGCCACUGCAUCUGCAGCACCACCAGCACCACCAGCAGUGCCAGCGGCACCACCAGCUGCGGCGGCAGCGGCGGCAGCAGCAGCAGCACCGCGAGAGGCAGCAGCAGCUGCCCUUCUUGGGCUAGGAACAAUCAACCCAACAGCACCAACGCCUCUCCCCUCCACGACAGCAACAGGGCAGCAUAGGGAGGCCUCUCCUUUCCGCUACAACUCCACUCUCCCCUCCUCCUUCGCCCACCCCUUCAGUGACUCAUACCCGGCUCCCCCUCCUGCUGCUGCUGCUGCCGCGGCCGCCAUGUUCCAUCCCUUCAAUCCUUUCUCUCUGCUGCCCGGACCCAACGGUUUUCCAGGCCUGGGCAGGUCCACCACGCCAAUGCGAGGAGUUUCACCUGCCCAGGGGGAGGACCUGGACGGGUGCGGGGCGGCAGGGAGCAGCGGGGAGGGGCAUGGAGGGAGGAAUGGGAGAACAGCAGCAUUGGGUGCUGGUGCAUCUGGUAGUGCCUGUGGAGCUGCGGAUCUUGAUUCUUCUGCUGCUGCCGCUGCUGCUGCUGCUGCCGCCGCUGCUGCUGCUGCAGCUGCUGGCCCUGUUGGGAAUCCUAAUCCCACUCCGUCACCAGCGCCCAUUACCCCCCCAGGGCCGCCGCCACAAUCUGGGUUUCCACUUGACGCUUCCUCUGGAAUGUUCCUGCCUCCUGCGUACUAUGCUGCUGCGGCUGCUGCGACGGCAGCAGCAGGGGUGCCCCCUCCGUGGCUGUACGCGCCUCAGGGCAGUGGAGGCGGGGGCAAUGGUGGUGUGGGCAGCGCUCAUAACACUCAGAACAGCAGGGAAGCAGCUCCUGCAGGGGUUGGGGGUGGCAGUACCAAUGGCCUUCCCUUGCAGACGCGACCAGAGCACGCAGACGGCACAGCGACAGAUGUGUGGGGAGCAGGCGAGGAGGCACGAGGCAGGGAGGGUGUGACUGGGUGCAGUAGGAAUGGCAGCGGCACUGUGAGCGUGCACGCGCCUGUGGAGGCGAGCCGAGGCAAUGGGGUGAAAAUGGUGAGCCUGAUGGGGCAGGCUGUGGCGUUCCCUCCCUGCGCUGCUGACGCAUCUGCCACGCCUGCCACCACCACAGGUGAAGUGGUGGAUGGGGACGAGGAAGGCAAGGAGGAGGAGAUGGUGGAGGGGGGAAGAGGGACGUGUGGAGCAGCAGCAGCAGCAGCAGCAGCAGGAGGAGGAGGAGUUGACACAGCGCUUCAACAAUGCCGCGCCAUGGAUAUUUCCAGCUCUGGAGGAGGGAUGUCUCAGCUUCAGGAUACUCCUGCAGCGGAAGCAGCUGCGUGUGCUGCAUGUGCAUGUGGUGGGCCUGGUUGCGGGCUGUCGCAAGGCUCCGGGCAGUGCCAGGCUGCGCUGGGGGCUGCAGGAGGAGGGUGUGCGGCUGGAGCUGCUGUUCCUACUGUGAUGAGCCGGCAGGCCGUGCGAGAGGCAGCGUUGAAUAAAUUCAGGCAGAAGCGCAAGGAUCGUUGCUUCGAGAAAAAGUCUUGCGGGAAGACCGUGUACUUGAUGGAGCAGUUGAUAGCUGAUGGGGUUAUCUACCACAAGCAUUGUUUCCGGUGCUUUCAUUGCAAGGGCACUCUUAAGCUGAAUAGUUUCGCUUCGCUUGAAGGUGUUCUGUACUGUAAGCCGCACUUCGAUCAACUCUUUAAGAAGACUGGGUGCUACAACAAAAGCUUUGAAGAGGCCAUCAAGUCGGAGAAGGAGAAAACUGUGGCACCUGGGAGUGUGACAUCUACCACUGGCGUAUCGAGAUACGGAGGAGACAACAAGAGGGUCGUCAAUCCUUUGGCAGCGAGGUUCGGGGGGACACAGGAGAAGUGCGUAGUUUGCAGUAAGACAGUCUACCCCCUGGAAAAGGUCAGUGUCGAGAACUCCACGUACCACAACCAGUGUUUCAAAUGCGUCCACAGUGGAUGCAAGCUCACGACCUCGACUUACCAAGCACUGGGAGGAAAGCUGUACUCCAUGGCGUCCGUCACCAUGCAGGCUGCGUCUACCGCCGUUGUGGCCAAGUCCGCUUUCCUUGGCGCUGGCCAAUCGCGCCUUGCUCAGUCGACCCGUGCUGCUGCGCAGCCAGCAUCCGUGUCGACCCUUACGAUCGAGGCCAAGGGCAACUGGCUCCCAGGUUCCACCUCUCCGGCCUGGCUUGAUGGCAGCCUUCCCGGCGACAACGGCUUCGAUCCCCUUGCCCUGGCCGAGGAUCCCGAGAACCUCAAGUGGUACGUCCAGGCCGAGCUCCAGAACGGCCGCUGGGCCAUGCUCGGUGUUGCCGGCAUGAUCAUCCCCGAGGCUCUGACCUCCGCUGGUCUCCUGAACGUUCCCGUGUGGUACGACACCGGUGUUGCUGAGUUCUGGUGCCCCACUCCCACCCUGUUCGCGAUCGAGUUCAUCCUGUUCAACUUUGUUGAGCUUCUGAGGUGGCAAGACAUCAAGAAGCCCGGCAGCGUCAGCACGGACCCCUUCGGCAACACUCUCCCCCCUGGUGAAGUGGGUUACCCCGGCUUCAACCCCAUGGGUCUGGGAACUGACUUCCGCUCCAAGGAGAGCGAGAUCGCUAACGGCCGUACCGCCAUGAUCGCGUUCUUGGGCUUCAUCAUCCAGUCCCACGUCACUGGUGCCGGUCCCUUCGCCAACCUGGCAGCUCACCUUGCCGACCCAUGGAACACGACCGUCUUCCAGAGCCUGGACAAGUUCCUGUCUUAA